CUUUUGUUGUUGGUUUUACGCUAUUUUUCAUGCGCUGCAUCGGCAAGUAGUUGAUGCCAGGGAGUGAAGAUCUCAGUUUUUUCUUUACGCUGCUGCGGAUGGAUUCGUGUCGAAACUGUGUGUUUAAGCCAGCUUAGCUCGAUGGCUGAUGUUGCGUGCUGGUCGUGUUUGUGAAAAGUUUGCACCGAAAAACGGCGUGAGAACAGUGUUUUUCUUCGAGCGAUUUACGUGUGUUGGUGGCAAAGAGCGAAAGAGUGCAUAAUCAUCAGUGGCAACAGUAGUAGCGGCAAACAGACUGAUUGAGCCCUGGACGAUAAGCUGAAGUGUAAUAAAUAUUGAAGCAAAACUAAUUGUGGAAGUCGUCGACCAGUGAAAGAGAAGUGUGUAACCGGGAAGGGUCAAUUGGGGUGGAAUAAACCGUGAGUGGAAAGUAGCUGGGGGACGCCGCGACUUGGGCCGAAUUAAAGAGCGGUUGCCCUAGCAGUAGCAGCAGUCGCUGCGAAAGAAAGGAUAUGGGCUACGAUCUGACACGCUUCCAGGGAGAUGUUGACGAGGAACUGAUCUGUCCGAUCUGUUCCGGUGUACUAGAGGAGCCAUUGCAGGCAGUGGCAUGUGAGCACGCGUUCUGUCGAGCGUGCAUAACCGAGUGGCUAUCGCGACAACCUACCUGCCCGGUGGAUCGGAAUCCCAUAACCAACAGUAACCUGCGCGCAGUGCCACGAAUACUAAGGAACUUACUGUCCCGCCUGAAUAUCAGCUGUGAGAAUGCUAUGUACGGUUGCACGUUAGUGCUUAAGCUGGACACGCUGGCCACUCACAUCGAGGAGUGCGAGCACAAUCCCAAACGUCCUCUGCCCUGUGAGAAAGGCUGUGGUUUUGUGAUUCCAAAAGAUGAAUACAAGGACCACAAUUGCUUCCGGGAGCUCCGGUCGCUCGUGCACAACCAGCAGCAGAAGAUGAGUGAACUGAAGAACGAAAUCAACGAUCAAAAUCUGGUGAUAAACGAACUGAAGCGAGAAUUGAACCUGGUGAAGGAUUUUAUGAGGGCGAUGCGCGUGUCGAAUCCCGCGAUGCGAGCUAUCGCCGAUCAGAUGGAACGGGACGAGGUGACCCGGUGGUGUAACGGACUAGCGAGGGCACGCGUCACACGGUGGGGCGGGAUGAUAUCCACACCGGACGAUGCACUGCAGUUGAUGAUCAAACGGGCCCUCUCGGAAUCGGGCUGUCCACCACACAUCCUCGACGACUUGAUGGAAAACUGUCACGAACGGAGGUGGCCCCGAGGAUUGAGUUCAUUGGAAACCCGCCAGAAUAACCGUAGGAUAUACGAAAACUACGUGUGUCGACGGAUUCCUGGAAAACAAGCUGUGCUUGUACUGCACUGUGACAAUACGCACAUGUCCGAGGAUGUGAUGGUGGAACCGGGACUGGUCAUGAUAUUUGCUCAUGGUAUAGAAUAAGACGUGCGUUUCUAACUGCUCCAAAACUGUUGGCAAACUCUGUCUGUAAACAAACCUACCGACACUCACUAUUUCUGCUAGCUUAGCUUACCUACUACCACCAUCACCACUAUUAGGCAGCUGAACAUCAUAACUUAACUCAUCGCUGAAUUGAUGUAAUUAUCAACAAGUAUCAAUAUCGUUAUCAUAGAACAGAACAGGUGGACAAAAAUUUUCUACAACGCAAAGUUUGCUCCUCUAUCUGAUGCACAGUCAUAAAAAACAAAACUAAGUAUUCAGCACGGAAAAUGACAGCUACAGCAGCAGAAACCGAUCUGAGCAUGAUCUCUAAGGAUUUGGAAUCCGACUAUUUGUGGGUAGUACGAUUUGCCUGUUGUAGGCCAAAAAUUCGGUAUUUGGGAGGAAUCGCUACAAGUGAGAACGCGCUGUAAGAAAUUGCCAAACCUAAUGCUAGUAACGUUCGGAAAUGCUAUGAUUUUUUGUUUGUUUUUUGUCUCUUCGAAUUAAGCACACUCAAGAUUAUUAUUAGUUAAUGAAAAGAAGAUCCAGGACACAUAGAAACAAUGCAUUGAUUUAGUUAAGACUAGCGCUUACGUUUGUGCAUUCUUAGCAGAACAAUAAAUUUUUAUUAU